CGGGGCCUCCGGCGCGAGGCCCGCUUUCUGGGCAAGAUGGCGCCGCCCAGGCGGCUCUGAGGGCAGAGUUGAGGUGCGUUGGGGGUCGAGCCCACGAGAGGGGCGAACCUGCAACGCUCAGGACUUGAACCCCGGGCUGGUCUCCUGUCCCUCGAGCGAGCGGAGCCGCCAGACUGUUUUCUGCAGCAGCUGCACCAUUUUACAUUCCCACCAGCCGUGCGCCAGGGUUCCAGUGGCUCCAGGUUAAGACCCUGCCGAGGACGCCGCUGCGAUGCUCUGCUCGGCUCUCAGGAGGAUUGCCCAGGCGGGUGUCACGCUGGUGCGGAAGGCCAGUGGGGUCGGCCGAGGCCACGAGCCUCAGGCCCCGGGCGCAAGGCGUACUGCCCGGGCGUGCGGCGCCCCGGGAGCCCCGGGCAGCACGGUGGAGCUGCUGGGCAAGUCCUACCCCCAGGACGGCUUCAGCAACCUGUCCGGGAAGGUACUGUCCAGGGUGGGCAGGAACCUGCACAACCAGCGGCAUCACCCGCUGUGGCUGGUCAAGGAGAGAGUCAAGGCGCACUUCUACCAGCGGUACGUGGGCCGCGCCGGGACGCCGCUCUUCUCCGUCUACGACGACCUCUCCCCCGUGGUCACCCCCUGGCAGAACUUCGACAGCCUGCUCAUCCCGGCCGGCCACCCCAGCCGCAAGAAGGGGGACAACUAUUACCUGAACGAGAGCCACAUGCUGCGGGCGCACACGUCCGCACACCAGUGGGACCUGAUGCGCGCGGGGCUGGACGCCUUCCUGGUGGUGGGCGAUGUGUACCGGCGCGACCAGAUCGACGCCCAGCACUACCCCGUGUUCCACCAGCUGGAGGCCGUGCGGCUCUUCUCCCGGCACCAGCUGUUUGCUGGCGUAAAGGAUGGAGAAAACCUGCAGCUUUUUGAACAAAGUUCUCGCUCUGCCCAUAAACAGGAGACACACACCAUGGAGGCCACAAAGCUCGUAGAGUUUGACCUCAAGCAAACACUUACUGGGCUUGUGACACAUCUUUUUGGAGAAGGACUGGACAUCAGAUGGGUGGACUGCUACUUUCCUUUCACUCAUCCCUCCUUUGAGAUGGAGAUCUACUUCCGUGGAGAAUGGCUGGAAGUUCUUGGCUGCGGGGUGAUGGAACAGCAGCUGGUAAACUCAGCUGGUGCUCAAGAUCGGGUCGGUUGGGCCUUUGGCCUUGGACUCGAGCGGCUGGCCAUGGUCCUCUAUGACAUCCCCGACAUCCGCCUCUUCUGGAGCGAGGACGAGCGCUUCCUGAAGCAGUUCCGCGUGCCCGACAUUAACCAGCAGGUGAAAUUUCAGGGCCCUUGUGACAAGAUCCUCUCCACGCAUCGAGGCCCUUCGGGAAUCGUCUCUGCGAAGGUCUUGUUGAGUGUCAGGUGACAGCCACAGGUUCCGGGGCUCAGGAUGCGAACGUCAGCCCAUCGCAUAGCCCUUUCUCUGCGCCAUUUUCACCGCGCAGGCUGCUGGCUGCGGGUAGAACUGGGCAGAUUCAGUGCUCACUGCGAGGAGUUCCGCACCAGCGAUUUUUAGCUGUGUCCGAGGAGUUGUCGUGACCUCGCUGAGGAGCAGGGGACGGCGUGUCACUUCACGUUCUUGGCCUGUCCUGGGCAGAGUGGUGAACGUGCUCGUAAGAAGAUGGCGAAGCUGAGACGGAAGACCGAACGGCUGACAUCGGGGGCCGUGACCGUGAGAGGGCCUCCUGCCAGCUGGGCGGCCAGCUGUGGGUGGACUGGGCAUCUGGCAGGGCUUGUCCUUGCUCUCCCUGGGGAACCAGGCACCGUGGUGAGCACUCGGUUAUACGAGGCCCUGGAGUUUCUUCAGGCCACCCGCGGCCAUCUGCCCUCAGUCCGUGUCUCCUGCGGCCAUGGGUCAGCACGUCAAGCCUUAUUCCGCUUGCCAUCUGUUGAGUGCUGUGUCCGAGCCACUGAACCAAAUCCCUUGCCUCUGUUAUAGCUUUCUUCACGAUCCAGUGGGAAGGGUUCUAUAAGCCCAUUUCAUAGAUGAUGAACCUGAGGCUCAGAACCACCAGGAAACUCAGCCAUAACAACUCCACCAGCAAGUGGCAGCGCUGGGAUUUUAUUGAAUGUUGACUGCAGAGAGCUCGUGGUAUCAGAGCAGUCAGCUGUCGUGCCCAGACCAAGGCACGGUUCUGGAGUCAGUAAGAGGAUGCGGGCAGUUCCUGACAUCGGGUGGUUUCCAGGGGAGGGAAGAGACCGAUGUGUCAGGAGAUCUGGGUCAGGUGAUACUGAGUGCAGCCCUGGAACCACACGGAGCUGAAGGCGGAAUUUUUCGGAUACUGACCAGUGCAGGUGGAGGUCAAAUUUUUCUUCUUUCUUCUUAAUCCUAUUUUGCUAGUUAAUUCUCUGAAUCCUUCCGUGUCUCUCCAGAAUUGUAUUAGGACUUGAGCCUGUGAUUACUUGCUAAUCUCCAGGGCUUGGAAUAGCUCCUAGAUCUGGUUUGGCUGUCAUUAUCAUAAGUGUUGUCUGAUAAGACUUAAUGCAGGAUUAUGCAGUGUUUCCUGGUUCUCGUCCCAAAUAAAUCCAGCUGUGAGAAUCUCCGCAGCUUCCUUGUGUUGCGAUGAAAUUAAUGGAUCUCAACUUUUUACCAUUUCCAUGUGCGAU